UGAACGUUAAUAUAAAAAUUCUACGGAGACAUCAAGUUCUGGAGUCCAAUUUCACUGAAUUAUUUGCCAAAAUGCUCAACCUGAAGAAGGGACAGGAACAAGAUUAAGAUAGAAGAUAAAAUAUAUUAAGCCAUGUCUGAGGAUUUCCUGCUGGAUGUUCAAAUUGUCCCUGCUACUUCACAUGACUAUGAUGAGGUCAUGUCCAUCUCUGGUGGAAUCUAUUGUGGUCUGGAUUACCUACCAGUUUCAUACCAUAAGUGGUUGGCAGACCCUCAGAGGAGGAUGUUCCUGGCCAAGUUUAAAAAACAAGUGGUGAGUAAGGACGUCUUUAAGCUUCAGAGGUGUUACGGAUUCCAAGGUGCUCACAUGAAGAUAGAGGCAGUCCCUGGAGCCCCACAAGAUGGGGAAUUUGAAUUUGUGCUAGCCACAGAAAAAGAAUUUGAAGAGAUUAUCUCCAUCUCUCAUGGAAUCUAUGGGGGUCUAGAUUAUCUGCCAAGUCGUUAUCACAGCUGGAUCAAUGAGAAGGACCGGAUGGUGGUUUUGGCCAAGAAAAGUGGCACUGUGAUUGGCCUGCUCUCUGUGUUUGUGGUGGAUGGUGGUGAGACGGCUCUUCUGGAAGGACUUCGUGUGGCACCUUGGGAGCGUGGAAGAGGCGUGGCUGGGGUGCUCCAGAGAUUCUGCUGCAAGUUGGUGAAGCAUCGAUACCCAAGUGUGAAAGUGAUGAGGCUCACGAGGGAUGACAAGCUGAGUGCAAAGGAACUAACCAAAUACCGGGUCAUUGCCAAGCAGGGCAUCCUCCUGGUCAGUUUCAAUGCGCCAGACCUUGCUUCACGUCUUUCCUCCAUCCCUUUACCUCCUCUGGCUACUCGUCCACCUCCACCCAUUCUGCUGACCCCUGAAGAUGUCCGUGAUGUCUUCCUGGAACGAGGGGGACUUCUGAAGGAUCUCCUGCCCAAUCAAACCAUCAUUCAGGACUGGCAACCAUUUCAGGCCGUGCCUGACAACCAAGACCUGCUUCGACGCAAAUCGCUGCGUUGGAUGUCAGAUGACCUGAUUCAACCGCAGGUGGCGACCCUCUGCACAGCUCCAUUCCCUGUACCUGCUGGUCCGCUCUGCUUCUACCUCAACAUUGAUGUCUUCGGGUCUGAGCUGCAGAGCGUUCAGGAGCAACUGCUGUCUCAUCUUCAUGCCCAUGUUCCCAAACUUCCAGCGGAUGUGAGAUGCCAGCUCUUCUUGCCUCCUAACCUGUGGAGGCCCAUGGCUGAUUUUUGCACCAUGGUGUUGGGCUUGCACCUUGAGAAAGGAUACACUGAGCAGUAUCUCCUGGAGGCUGAUAUCUAACAAGUAUUAGGGGCACCUCAAGUGGCAAGUUAGCCCUCAUCCUCUUAAUAACCUUUUCCUGAUAGCUGAGACCUCCCUUUAGAAACCACAUCUUAAUCUACAGAUCUGAGCCUUCAGACCAAGCAUAAUCAUCAGCAUACAAUUUUCUCUCUUCCUUUCUCUUCUGGAUUUACCGCACUCACCACUUACACUUACAUCUAUGCUGUAGAGUAGGGGCAGACAACCUGAGUCUCUCCCGCUGAAGCUGAACUAUCUGUUCCUGGCUCAGCAGCUCAGUGGAGGGAGAGAGUUGUAGUUAAGUAGCAGCAGGAGAGAGGCAGGCUGGUAAUCUCUGCUACAGAGAAUGCUGCGUUGUACAUAGGGUGUAUGUGUGCACACAGUACACUUAUAGGAGAAAGAGUUCCCUUCUUCUAACGUCGCUUACAUUGCACUACAGUGUAUGUGUGUGCGUGUCUAUGUUUUUAAAACACACACAAGAUUGUGUGUGUGUGUAAGAGAGUGUGUGUGUGUGUGUAUAUAUAUAUAUUUAUAUAAGAGAGAGGGGGGCCGACAAGGAGAAUAAUAUGGGGGGCUGGGGGUUUUAUACUCUGCACUGAGAUAACUGAGUGUGUGAUAAUAUAUUUAUAUAUUUAUUGCACUUUUUAUGGAGGGCGGGUGAUAGUAAAGUAUUGCACUGUGUAUAUAUACAUACACACAUAUUUUCCAGUAUAUAUAUUCAGUAGAUAUCGAUAUAUAUGUAUCUAUAUAUAUAUAUAUGUGAUACGUAUUAAUAUGCAAUAAUUUGCACUUCUCAUGUCAACAUGAAAACUUUGAGUAUAGAUUAACUGUUUUAUAUACUGUGAAUUCAGGGCGUCACCGAGACCCAUAUGGAAUAUACCCUACUUUAUACACAGUGAACGGCGGGCAUUACCUGCACCUAAAAGUCCCCCACAGCAACUCUUUCAUGGUAAAAGUCUGGGCCUAAUUAAAGGGACACUGAAUUCAUGUACAAAAUACAUCCACUGGAAACAAAAAAGUGGCAUUUCCAGGAAAUUGGGUUCUGAGUUGUUUUUUGCAUAAGAUUUCGGUAUCCCUUUAAAUGUCCAUAGAGAAUUCACAUCCAAACCACUAGGGUAGAUAACCCUUUCCACAGGGCUUCUAAUGUUAUACCUGACAAGGCCCAUGGGACCUGGAAUUUAAUUUUUCUGGCAAAAGAAAUUCAUGAAAUUCUCGGAAAAAAUUCCCUGGAAAAGAUCUGCCUCAUCUGCUUAUACAUCAUUGGGGCUAAUUUUCAGCCAUUGAAUGUGUUAUUGCUUCCCCAAAGGAGGACCUGGUUAGUAGCCAGGAAAUUCUUACAAACAUUGCAUUUGCCAUAAAAGAACCCAAACUCUUGUGCAUCGUUACCAUAAAGCAGUCUUAUGAGUUUGUAAUAUUUUUAGGCACUUAACAGAGGCAUGCAACACAUACUUCUCUUAACCUUCUCAAGAUCUAUCAUGAAUGUGGUCCCAA